UUUGCGCGAACACUUUCAAAUAAAGUGACAAACGGUUUUCUCUUCAUCGUAUAGGUGCAUCUUUUUUAUGUGACAAAUAUAUCGUUAAUGAAUUAAAAAUGAAAUAUAUCCUUGUAACUGGUGGUGUUAUAAGCGGUGUUGGCAAAGGUGUUAUAGCCAGUUCCAUUGGAGCGAUAUUAAAAUGUUGCGGAAUUGAAGUUACCGCUAUUAAAAUUGAUCCUUACCUCAACAUUGAUGCAGGAACUUUUUCUCCAUAUGAACAUGGUGAAGUCUACGUCUUGGAUGAUGGAGGAGAAGUUGAUUUAGAUUUAGGAAAUUACGAACGCUUCUUGAACGUAACCCUACAUAGAGAAAACAAUAUCACCACAGGAAAGAUAUAUCAACAAGUUAUUGAUCGUGAAAGACACGGUGACUUCAUGGGAAAAACUGUACAAGUCGUACCACACAUAACCGAUGCCAUUCAAGAAUGGGUUGAAAGAGUUGCUGAAAAGCCAGUUUCUGAUACUGGCAAAACUCCUGAAGUGUGUAUCAUCGAGCUGGGUGGAACUGUAAGCGACAUUGAGAGCGUAGCAUUUCUCGAGGCAUUCAGGCAAUUUCAGUAUCGAAUCAAAAGAGAGAAUUUUUGUGUAACCCACGUUUCUCCUGUUCUCCAACCGAAGACUACCGGGGACCACAAAACAAAACCAACUCAGGCGUCGAUACAAGAAUUGAGACGUUUGGGACUAAACCCGGAUAUAAUAAUUUGCAGAUCGGAGAAACCGAUAAGAAAUAGCACCAAACAGAAGAUAUCCAACUUUUGCAAUGUUGCUUCUGCUCAGGUUAUUUGUGUUCCCGAUUUGGAGUCGAUUUACGAAGUGCCCGUUCACAUGGAAAAAUACGGAAUAGCCAAGUAUCUGAUUGAGCGAUUAGAACUAGGAAUAUUUCCCUUACUACCGAUAGAGAAAUAUAUGAAACCAUGGAUAGAUCUCGGAAAAAUCAUGACUCAACCGAAGUAUGAAACAACAGUGGCUAUCGUUGGGAAGUAUACAAAACUGGAAGAUGCCUAUACAUCCAUUUUGAAAGCUUUGACUCACGCAGGAAAUGAGGUUGGAUGUAGGGUUAAUGUUAAAUUCAUCGACUCAUCGAACUUGGAACAACAUAUGCGACUGAUGGAACCAGCAAUGUAUCAUAAUGCAUGGUACAACUUGAGUAUUUCAGACUGUGUUGUAGUUCCUGGAGGUUUUGGAAUACGAGGCGUGAGCGGCAAAAUAGACGCCUGCAAAUGGUGUCGAGAAAGCAAAACACCUUUUUUGGGUAUCUGCUUAGGCUUCCAGGUUGCCGUCAUCGAAUUCGGCAGGAACGUAUUGGGUUUGACUGAUGCCAAUUCGACUGAACUGUGUAAAACAAGUAACCAUCCCGUAAUUAUAGAAAUGUCAGAACAUAAUAAUGGGCAGAUGGGAGGUACAAUGAGGUUAGGAAGACGUUUAACAGUCUUCAAAGAUAGUACAGAAGGCAGCAAAAUAAGACGCUUGUAUGGAGACAAAAGAAAUAUCUAUGAGCGGUACAGGCACAGAUUCGAAGUCAAUCCUGAUUACGUUGAAGAGUAUGAAAAGAACGGGAUGUACUUCGUAGGUGUUGAUAGUGACCAAAAAAGAAUGGAAAUUUUUGAGUUAGAGGAUCAUCCAUACUAUAUAGGUGUUCAGUACCAUCCAGAGUACCUCUCCAGGCCAAUGAAUCCUUCACCGCCAUUCGUGGGGUUACUUUCAGCAGCUGAAAACAGACUUGAAUCAUACUUGAGCCAAGAAUGUAAAGUGUUAUCUGCAGAGCAGUUGGAUUCAGAUGAAGAAUACCUGGACACUAAACAAACGAGUUCAACCAAUCAUUGUGAAGAUAGCAGCAGUGCAUACAGCAGUUCCAGCUUGUCCUAAGACGAAACGUUCAACAACAUUAAUUUAUGGUGAAUUUUCGAAAUUGAUUUUGCUUUUCAACUUGUAUGUUAAUACCAUUUCUAUGUUAAUAAAAUAUUUUUUCAUA